AUGGUACAGCGAACGAGAUGGCGAUACUCGGCCAUCGCGCACAACUACAACAGCUGCCGGCCGAUGGAGCUGGGGGCGGGGAUUGCGGUGGGGGCGUGGGACGGAGUGUGGGCGCGGGCGCGGAGCGCGGAGUUCGUGGCGGCGACCGACAUGGGGGACCCGGUGUACUCUGCGUUCAUGCGGUACGACGACAGCGCGCCGCUGCACGCGGCGGUGGCGGCGGACUGGGCGACCUACGUGGCGGCGGACUUCAACGGGGGGCCGUUCAAGUACAGCAUCUUCCCGAUCCUGUAUUCGUUCACGGCGAGCUUGGUGGUCACGAUGGGGCUGACGGUGAUCGUGUUCUUCAACGUGCGGACGAAGCCGCAUCGGGGGGUGCCGAAGCUGCUGCGGGUGGCGGCGGUGCUGGCGUGCGGGAACCUGCUGACGUUUGUGGUACGCGCGAUGAUGCAGCUGGGGCGGGACCACGCGGAGGGCGUAGUACCGAUGAACCACAUCCUGGACAUGCUGUGGACGGACACGGCGUUCAAUACGGUAGACAUCCUGGCGGUGCUGAUCCUGCAGCUGUGCCAGGUGCAGACGGUGAUGCGGUUCUUCACGCGCUUCCAGGAGAAGCGGCUGAUCUCGCUGUGCGGCAUCCUGCUGGCCGUGCUGUCACAGGUGCUGUGGGCGAUCCCGCCGUACUCAGAGGCGGUGAGCAACCACUUCAUGCCCCUGGACGACGACAAGGACAUGGACGUGCUGCCGCCGUUUGUAUACCUGGUGCGGAUUGCACAGGCGGGCUCGUACGCGAGCUUUGUGCUGAUGCACGUCUUCGCGAAGAAGAAGCUCUGUGUCCAGUCGGUGCAGAUGUUUCUGCUGACGGUUCUGACAGUGGUUGUGGUUGUGCUGCAGCCUGCGUUCUUCAUUACGGACGUCACGAACGUGUGGAUCGACAAUCUGAGCGAAAUAUUUAGCACGACAUGCUACAUGGGCUCUACGGUGAUAGUAUGGGAGUGGAGCAACCGGCUGUCCAUACUGGAGGCCAGGCGCCAGGCGCAGAGCAUUCUGGGGCGGCCGGUGUAUGAGGACGAGGAGCAGGGGUACAACUUUGCGCGAUAUGCGCUGAAGAUUCAGACCGCAUUGACCAGCAAGUCAGAUGAAGGCGACACCACAUCAGCGACUACCUUUGCUGCACCGAGAUCUGCGCGCUUCGAAGGGAAAGGCGGGCCCCAAUCCCCAGUCUAUGUUCAAGAGGGCGAACAGCAGGCCGUCAUGGCAUUCAAUAAGCGAAUGGGCACUCGAGCGUUGGCACAUCAUGUGCUGGAUAGCAUCAUAUACUACACAGACAAGGUGGUGGUGAAGGGGCUUGGAAAUUUGUCCGCGAGCUUACCUUCCAAGACCUCCUCGGCGACAAGCGUCAGGGGUCGUGUAAGGAAACGCAUUGGUCUCGAAGGCGCAAAUGAUGUCUUUGUAUACCGCACAAAAGACCUGGUAUUCGAUAGUGAUGAAGAUAUACCCAGAACCUAA